ACAUUUUCCACCAGCUGUUUGUGUGUCAUAUUGAAAUAAUUAUUUUAACAAAACAAUUGUAAUUAUAUUAAUUAAAAUCUUGAUAAUUUAAUAGACAACAACAAAAACAUAAUGGUUGAUGCAUCAACAAAAAAAACACUGAGUGGUAUACCACUUUUGAAAACAAAAGCUGGACCAAGAGACAAGGAACUUUGGGUACAAAGACUCAAAGAAGAAUACACUACUCUCAUACAGUAUGUGCAAAGUAACAAGGCAUCAGAUAAUGACUGGUUUAGACUGGAGUCUAACAAAGAAGGUACCAAGUGGUUUGGAAAAUGUUGGUAUAUUCAUAAUUUACUCAAAUAUGAAUUUGACGUUGAAUUUGAUAUUCCUGUAACAUAUCCAGUUACUUCACCAGAAAUUGCACUUCCAGAGCUUGAUGGAAAAACAGCUAAAAUGUAUCGUGGAGGUAAAAUUUGUUUGAGUGAUCAUUUUAAACCACUUUGGGCAAGAAAUGUUCCAAAAUUUGGCAUAGCACAUGGAAUGGCUCUUGGUCUUGGUCCAUGGCUCGCUGUUGAAGUGCCUGAUUUAAUAGAAAAAGGAAUAAUCAAACACAAAGAUCAGUGUGAUGAAAAAAAAUAAACAAAAAAUAAAAAAAAGGAAAUAAUUUCUAGAUAAUUUUGAUAUUAAAAAAUAUAAAAUAAAAUUUAUAUAUAAAGUGUUUAAAUAAAAACAAAAAAAAAAAAAUUAUAUUUUAUAUAUAAUUUAAAUUUAUUUUUUCUCUAUUUACAAACAAACAAAA